UUUCUUUCAUGUUGGUUCUGUCUUGCAAGUUGGUUUCGUAUUCAUCAUUUGACACUUAAAAUAACGUGUUACACAACCGUUCAUUUAAAUUAUUUCACGCGUCCUCCCAUAAUGACCAUUAUUUCCAUCAAUCCCUUGGCAAUUUUGUCCUUUGCCAUCUUAAUUUGUAUCCCCGAUUCGUACCCAUUUGUCCAAAAUAAUGGCAAACGGCUCAUCAAAGUCAAUGAAAUUGAGCCAGCAAAGUGGUUGAACCAAGAUGAAAUUAAUCUUCUGCUGGCAAAACACACCAAUUUCAUGGAUAUUACCAACCAUGAGUUUCCCACUUACGAGUUUUACUUUGCAAAACAUGAAUUUCCAGAAAGCCUCCGUUUACACUCCGCUAUUAAUUCCACCUUCAAAAACAUCAAUAUUUCCCGGAUGACCGCAUUUGUCGACACCUUUGACAAUUACACCAACCGGUACUACAACUCUCAAAGUGGGGUCGACGCCUCAAUCUGGCUCGCAUCUCAAGUAGCAGGCACGAUUAAUAAUAGCUCAUAUAACGCUUCCCGCGUCACGGUAGACAAAUUUAGACACAGUUGGGCGCAAAAUAGUGUCAUCGCUAAAAUUCUCGGGGCAGAUCCAGUCUUAAAGGAAGAAGUUGUCAUAUUUGGCGCACAUCUAGACUCCAUAAAUUCAAGAAGUCCGGCUCGUGGGGUUGCGCCAGGAUCAGAUGAUAACGCCAGCGGUUGCGUGACAUUGCUGGAAUCUCUGAGAAUUAUUUUGCAGUCUAAUUUUGUACCGAAGAGGUCGAUAGAAUUUCAUUUUUAUGCCGGCGAAGAGGUUGGUCUUCGAGGAUCGUUGGAUAUUGCGGAAUCCUACUAUAAAAAAGGGGUCAAGGUCGUCGCAAUGGUAAAUUACGAUAUAGUUGGAUACAACGCGGGGGAAAAUGAUAUUGGGUUUGUGACCGACUAUACGAGUAAAAAGCUGACCGAUUUUCUGAAAAUGGUGGUCAAGGAGUACUGCACGUAUGCAGUUGUUGACCACGUUUGUGGCUAUGGCUGCUCGGAUCACGCGUCGUUUAACAAGUAUAAAUUUCCGGCUGCCUGCGCCAGUGAAAACCCGAUAACUCCGUACAUGCAUGGGAAGAAUGAUACGAGUGAUAAGAUGAGUUUCGAGCAGGUGGGUGAGUUUGUUAAGAUGACGAUUGCGGCAGGGAUAGAAUUGGCGGAACUUGUGUAAAAAAUUAACUAAUUUUACCGGGCCUAUAUAAUUACUUCAAACUAAUUACGUAAAAUACACACUUCAACACUUUUUUAAGGCAAAUCGAAAUAAAUGCCAGUAAUCGUCAGUUAAAUUUAUUUGUAUGUACCACUUCAGGUUACGCAAUGUUUUUCGUAAAAAAAUUGUUUGGACGCCUAUAAAUACAUGAUUGGGUGUGGCUGCUUGUCGACAUACUUUACCUUGAUGGUUUAUGCAAUUUUAUUAAUGUCCUUAAAAUAAGCCACGCCGCGUAAUAUGUUUCUGCAAAAUGGGUUUGCCUAUUUAUCUUACAGUCUGAGGUACCCACUACUUGUAAUAUUUAUUUACUCGUCCGUAAUGUCAAGUUGAUAUGUAUAACACAUUUCGAUAACUUGCAUUCUACAUAUGUACAUAAACACUAGUGACAGUUUUAUGACAUUAAAGUCCGCUUGCACAAUUAAUUCAUACAAAUUUCACCAUGUUUUAAGCAUAAUCCGAAAUAAAAUAUGCAAUUACAAA